GUCGAAAUAGUUUCGAAUGAAGUUUGGUGUUUUUUUUUUGGUCAGCUGGUGGAACUAUUCUUCAUCAUCAUCAUCAUGGAUAUAUCAUCGGAUAUACUUUCGACAUUAUCUUUGAUCAAUUCCAACGAUAUUACCGAAAAUGAUUUAUUAACAAUAUUUGAUCAAUGUAAUAAAAUAAUUCAAAAUAAUACUGAUCAUUCAACCGACAAAAUCGAUUCCAUCAAAAUCAAAAUUCUUAUAUUUGCAAUAAAUUCUUUAAUGCUUGAAGCUUGUAAAUGUCAAAUAAAUUAUCAAACAUUAAUUCGUUCACUGCAAGAUAGUGGUCUGGAUUGUAGCACUCAAAAAUUUGAAUUGUUUAAAAAUUUUCUUGAAAAAUCAAUGAAAAAAUUAUAUCAUAAUAUUAACAAAUUGGAAUUAUCAUCAUCCGAAAUUCAUUUCAAAGAUAUUGAAUGGUCACAAAUAUUGGAUUUAAAAAGUUCAAAUGCGGAAAAUAUUCGCAGAAAAAAUUAUCUAAUCGAUAUAAUUGGUUCAAAACCAGCAAACAAUAAUGAUGAUCAACAACCUAAUUCAACAACCGAAUCAAUAAUGUUUACCGAACAAGGAUUACAAGAUUUUUAUGUAACAAUACGUGAUUGUAUUAAAAAUAUUGAACAUUAUAUUUAAUUACUCUAGAUAAAGAUAAUCCAAAUUUUUCCCAA